UUAGUGCCUCUCUCUCUCUCUCUCUCUUCUAGCUUUCUGAUCAAGAUGUGCACUCCAUGGACUAUAACAAAGCUAGUGAAGAAGGACUGUGCUUCAUGCUUCUUGGCUUGCAGGUUUCCUCUAGAUGAUGAAGCAGUUGAUGAUCGUAGACGUUAUGCUACAACAACUCCUCAGUUGCCAAUGAGAAACAUGAUGGCUUUCGAUUAUCAGCGCAACUUCGGAGAGAAUGAGAGAGUUAGGAACAAGAACAUGUCCCCCUCACGCCACAAGAAUUCGAACCUAUCAGCUCGAAGACGACUGAGACAUGAUCCCAAACAGGUUAAAGAGAUUACUAGUACUAGUAGAAUUAGUAAUACUACUUCCAGGCCAGUUCGAUAUCAGAGCAGUGAUGAAGAAUCAACCUGCAGACAACUGCCACAUUUCGCAGACGAAGAUCAAGACUACAUAGUAUUCUGCUUCAAAGAAGAUGGAGCAUUCGAAGUAGAGAAAAAUGUCAAACCAGAAGGACAGAAUUGCAGGGACAGCACCUCAUCAAAAAACUCAAGGCAGGUCAAUCGGAAGCUUAAUUAUGACCAAAAUACCAAAACAGUUGGAAAGUGUAGCAAUGAGGAGAGGUUGACUGAAAAAGCAUGUGAAAUCAAUAUUUACCCCACAAAUGAUGGCAAUUUUAUCAUCUUUGACCAAAAGAAUGAAGGUAGAGACGGAAAGAACAUAUGCUCGGAUACAAAAGCAACUACUGCUGCUGGUAGCAUGGGUGAGGUCUCUAUUGAAUCAAGUGACUCCAAUCAAUCGGACCACAGCACAGGCUCUUUCGCAUUCCCUGUGUUGGCUGUGGAAUGGCCGGGGAGUCCUGUGCGAUUGCCAAAACCAGAAGAGCUGGACUUGAGAGAGCACAAGGCUCGGUGUAUAGGCCUUCAGUUCCAGUGUUGUAGAUUCUGAAACUUGCUAGCUGCAUAUUGAACGUGAACAAAUUACUAUGUCUAGAACUAGAAGCAAUAACAGAAAGCAAUGGUUCCUAAUAUUUUCCAAUCAUGAUUUAGCUGCUAUAUAUCAUUUCCAUUUCCGGAUUCAAGCUGUAUCUCCAGUUUUAUGAAGCUUAAAACUGACUAGGGCAGUGGACUGGGGUGAUUUAAGCUGUAUUACCUGUUUAAUGAAGCUUAAAAUUGACUAGUGCUUCGUUUGGAUUUAAGCUGUACUUCAAACCCUAUUAUGAUGACACUGGUCGUCUUGCGAUGCCUUGCGUUUUCCAUGGCCUCAUUACUAUAGCUCCUUCUGGUUCAUCUUACAUCUCCCAAUUCGAUCGCGAUGGUAGCAAUGGAGAACCCAAGUUACUCCCAGCCGACGAUGAUUGCGGCUAUGGAGACAAUGAAAAACUCUUCAAGGAACCCUCAUUACAUGAGCAUGAGUUUGAUGUUCGUUGCCGCACUCUGGAUUUGUUCGGAGUUUCUGAUCAUGGUCACCUGGGGUUUGCGAGAAAUUCUUUGGAUAGAUAUAUGAUAUUUGUAUUUCUGGUUAUGGGCAAUUGUUAUGC